AUGCUUUGGUCCGUGCAAGGUUUAGGUGAUGAUGUGGUUAGCGCAUCUAGAGUAUGUGCAGAGAGUUUAUGCUACUUGGCUGUGGUUGACAGUGGUUUUUGGUUGUGUGUUGCAGAGAAUAUGGAUGGGCCUGCUGAGGCUCCUGCUGUUACGGAGCAUGAGAUGAGCGAGAUCCCUAAUCCUACCUGCGGUGAGCAAGCCGAUGCUAGCAUUGAGGAGCAAGCCAAUCCUGAGAGUGAUGUGGCAGAGCAGAUCAAGGAAGAAGCAGAAAAUACAUCUGAUGAGGAACCCAAAGGCACAAACAACGAAGAAUCUGGUAACCCGAGCGAUGAAGCGCAGGUGACUGUGAAAGAUGACGAUAUGGGGGAUCAGAAUAGCGAGGACCAGGCUAUCCGUUCACUUGAAGAGCCAGCUGAGGCAGAGCAACUGGCCAAUGUGGAGACGGAGGACACGAAAUGGCCUGGGUGGCCUGGAGAAAGUGUGUUCCGUGUACUGGUUUCUGCCCAAAAGGUGGGUGCUCUCAUUGGCCGCAAAGGGGAGUUUAUCAAAAGAAUGUGUGAUGAAUCCAAAGCCCGCAUAAAGAUUCUUGAUGGCCCACCAGGUGUUCCAGAAAGAGCUGUAAUGAUUUCAGCAAAGGAUGAGCCAGAUGCACUCGUUCCGCCAGCCAUUGAUGGUCUGCUCAGAGUACAUAAUAGAAUAACAGAUGGUUUAGACAGUGAAACCGACCAGGCUCAGCGAGGUGCUGGUCCUGCAGGGCCAACACGGCUACUUGUGCCAGCUUCCCAAGCUGGCAGCCUGAUUGGCAAGCAAGGAGCAACCAUUAAAUCAAUACAGGAUGCUUCAAAGUGUGCCCUCCGCAUUCUUGAGAAUGUGCCACCUGUAGCAUUAAAUGAUGACAGAGUUGUCGAGAUACAAGGUGAACCUCAUGAUGUUCACAAAGCAGUGGAACUGAUUGCAAACCAUUUGAGAAAAUUUCUUGUUGACCGUAGUGUUCUCCCUUUAUUCGAAAUGCAGAUGAAAGUGCACAGUGCGCCCAGAGAGCAACCUAUGCCUGCUCCUCAGCAAUGGGGUCCUCCUCCGCCCUGGAGUCAUCCACCAAACAUUCCUCCCAGUGGCCCAGGUUAUGGUGGGAAUCCACAUUUUAUGCCGCCACGGCCACAAGACAACUAUUAUCCUCCUCCUGAUGUGCACCAUGUGGAGAAGCAACCGCACUAUGGAAUUUCUUCAUAUGGACGUGAUGCAAAUCCAACUGCUGCUCCUACCUCAGGGAAUCAACACCUAUCGCAUGGGUCUUCUCAAAUUUCCCAAAAAAUGCAAGUUCCUCUUUCCUACGCUGAUGCUGUGAUUGGGUCUGCUGGUGCCAAUAUUAGCUAUAUCCGCAAGCAUAGUGGUGCGACAAUAAGUAUUCAAGAAGGUGUUCCUGGGGAGAUGACGGUCGAGAUCGCAGGAAGUGCCUCACAAGUUCAAACUGCUCAGCAGCUGAUCAAGAAUUUCAUGGCCGAAGCUUCUCCCCAAGUUCCUCCACCAGGUCCCGCUCCUCCCUCUCAACCAGUUGACUCGGGCUACAACUCAUACCCGCCGUAUGGAGGACUGUCGCUAUGGGGCACACUACCCUCCGAACUACGGGUACUAGCUGGAUAUGAAACACUAGGAUGUAGUGACGAAUUCGGUUUUGUUGUUCGGCCUGUUAAUCUGUUGAGCACGUGA